AUGGGAGAUUAUAAAAGAGAUGAAUAUGAAGACUGGGAUGAGUACGAGGAGGAUGGUGACGAGCAAGAACAUGAAGAAGUUGGUGAAGAUGAGUAUGAAGAAGAAACUCACCAGCCCACUCAGGAGGAGCUUGACUAUCUUGAACUGAGACAAAGGUUAAAAGAGUCAAUUAGAAAGCAGAUGAAGAAGGAAUUGGGAACUACAGAUGCUGGCUCCCGAGACAGAAUAAAUGGGUUUCGCAAAGACAAUUAUGGAACCUUCUUUGGUCCUCGACAACCUUCUAUUUCUCAGAGAGUAAUUCAAGAAAGUAAGUCCUUGUUGGAGAAUCCAGAUUUGGCUGCAAGGAUUAUGAAAUCUAAUCGUGCUAACAAGAGCUCUGCUGCAGAACCUGUCAAGUCAAAAUCUCGAGAAACCCAUCUGCCGAGAGUAACAAAUGGGUUAAAGAAAAAGGUUGAAAUUCUUAAAAACACAAGAGACUAUUCUUUUUUAUUAUCCGAAGAUGCCGAGGUUCCAGCCUCCUCAAAAAGUCCCCCAAAAACAUCAUCGGCUCAAAAAAUUGAUGCACGUUCAGCCCAACAGCAGCCUAGCAGGAGCAACAAGCAGGUGGUGGAUGGUCGCGGUCGAGGACCCACCUUGAUUGGUCAUGAUGUGAGGAGGCCACUGCCUUCAAUUGGCCAAAACAAACCUAAAGUAGGGCAGGAGAGGGCGAAACCCCCGACCAAGCCGGCGAUGGAUCCUAGGAAACAACUAGGGAGCAAUAGUGGGAGUGGGCCUGGGCGGCCGGUUGGGCCCAAAAGCCUUCCUUCAAGAAGGCCCACACCUAUCUCUUCUGGCAAGACCACCACAUCUACUGCAAAACAUAAUACGGUUGCUGGUGCGCAUAAGCCAUCGCAUUCUGCUGUGCAACCUCCUAUUCGUAAACCGAUGCCUUCAAAUAUGCAUUCUGGAAUCCAUAAAUCGGUCUCUUCACGUGCUCAACCUUCUUCAGCUACGAGAAAACCAUCUGUUCAACAAGAGGAGUAUCGAGGAUCUAGCAAGCCGAUGGUGAUGACAAAGCAGGCGGCAUCUUCCUCUGGAGAUCAGUUUAGACGACCUCCCAAGGCGCCUGUUCGUCAUAGUUUAGCAGAUGAAAGACCGAAGGUGAAACCUAAGAGGCCACUCAAUGAUGAAGCUGGUGGAUAUGUAAAUAUUAUCAGAUCAAUGUUCGGGUAUGAUCCAAGUCGGUUCCGUGACGACGAUGAUGAUAGUAACAUGCAGUCCAAUUUUGAAGAUGUUAUGAGGGAGGAAAGACGCAGUGCAAAAAUCGCUCGAAGAGAGGACGAAGAAGAGCUCCGGCUCGAGGAAGAGGAAAGAAGGAGGAGGUUGGCUAAGAAGCGCAAGCUAGGUCAUUAA